ACACACACACAUACGCUCUUAUAGUUUAGGCGGACAUUGGGGGUAGAGAGGAAACACCGAUGCACCGCGCGCAGGAGGGAGGGUCUCAGCGCGCCUAGUUCUCAGUUUCAUUGACUUCUUCUGAAACUGAGAUGAACUUAGUUUAAGGGGUUUUCUCUUCGGUUUCUUUGACUCAGCCUCACUUUUUCUGUGUGUCACACAAUCCCAGAGCCUCGGGGUACCUCGUUUUACGCACAAGUCGGUUAACGGACCGAGGAGCAACAGGAGGUUUCCAUCCAGCGAGUCACACCGGGAACAAGAAGGAUUUAACGGAGACUUUGCGGACACACACUGCGGCUCUUUGGUCCCCUGUGCCCGGCACUGAUCCAGCCUCUGCCCGUAGGAUACCGAGUGGACCCACAGUCUGACCCGGGAUAACUGCUGUCUCAAACGGGAUAGAGUCUGUCCUCCAUCAUGUGUCCCUCAGCGGGCGGCAUGUGUACGCUCUGCAGCCUGAUCCUGGUUCAGAUCCUGGUCCUGGUUUAUCCUGCAACAGGAUACAAUCUGGAUCAGGAGCACAGUCUGGAGUUCAGCGGCCCUUCCUCCUCCAUGUUCGGAUACUCAGUCCUGCUGCAUCGUCAUGAAUCCCACAGAUGGUUGGUGGUUGGAGCUCCGGUAGCAAAUUCGACCUCCAAUCCAUCGGUCCGAUCUCCAGGAGUUGUGUACCGCUGCAACGUCACUGCCGAGUCCCACCACUGCCAUCCCAUGCAUGCUGACGUGCUGGGCUGUGGGAAGACGUGCGAUCCAGAGAGUGAUCACCAGUGGCUGGGAGUCAGUCUGUCCAGACAACCUGGAGACAAUGGAGGGCACAUCCUGGCAUGUGCUCAUCGCUGGAAGAACGUCUACUACUCAAGGAGAGACGUUCAGAACCACAAGCUGCCCAACGGAGUCUGUUAUCGUUACGGGAGCGACCUGAGAUACGCCCUACCCUUAAUCCCUUGCUACAGAGAUUACCAGAAGAAGUUCGGUGAGGAUUAUGGGUCAUGUCAGGCCGGUAUUUCCAACUUCCUCACAGAGAAUCUGAUCAUCAUGGGGGCUCCGGGGACAUCUUAUUGGAUGGGUUCAGUGUUGGUCUUUAACACGUCCAGUGGAGUGAUGUCGGUGUACCUGGACGAGGACGCUAGAUCUGUCAACUUUGGAAGCUACCUGGGUUACGCUGUUGGAGCCGGAAACUUUCUGAGUCCUAGCACCGUAGAGGUAGUGGGGGGGGCGCCCCAAUACAACCAGAGGGGCAAGGUCUUCAUCUUUACAGUAGACGACAACAUGCUGCGAGUCGUCUCUGAAGUGUCAGGAAGAGAGCUGGGAUCUUACUUCGGCUCCAGUUUGCUGGCGGUGGAUCUGAACGCUGAUGGUUUGUCCGAUCUGCUGGUCGGCGCUCCCAUGGCAACAGGCGUCACCAGGGAGGAGGGGAGAGUGCAUGUGUACAUCAACCAGGGGCAGGCGAAGCUGAUGGAGGCGGAGUUUCAGCUGAGCGGCAGCGACGCCUACGCCGCUCGAUUUGGGGAAACCAUCGCUGAACUGGGAGACAUAGAUGACGACGGUUACCCUGAUGUGGCAGUUGGUGCCCCACAGGAAGAUGACCUAAGAGGAGCUGUGUACAUUUACAACGGCAGGAAGGAUGGCAUCUCUCCAACUCCAUCUCAGAGGAUUACUGGGUCGACUCUGGGUCGUGACCUCAGGAUGUUUGGCCAGUCGCUGAACUCUGGCAUAGACAUCGAUGACAAUGGCUAUAAUGAUGUGGCGGUUGGUGCUUUCCUCUCGGACUCCGCUGUCAUUCUCAGGACCCGCCCGGUGAUUCAGGUGAAGGCGUCUCUGACUCUGCCUGAGCACAUUGACCAGCAGGUGGCGCUGUGCAGAGAACACAAGACUCCCACCGUCUGCUUCAAUGUGACCGUCUGCUUCAGUGUCAAGUCCAGACACUUCAAAGGGGCUAUAGAUCUUCAAUACAAUUUGACCUCUGACCUCCUCCAUAAACCAUCCUUCCCUCAUCGUUUCUAUUUCCAUGGUAACGGGUCAUCCAAUAGCACCAGGGGGCGUGUGAGAGCACGACAUGGCCAGCUCACCUGUUCAACACACGUGGCUUACCAAAGGAAAGAUGUGAGGGACAUUUUUACUCCUGUCAAGUUUGAGGUUUCCUACAGUCGUAGAGAUACAAACACCCACAGAGCCUCUUCUAAAACCUUCCCCCCUUUGAAACCCAUCCUUCAGCAGAGCGAAGGACACCAGAACACCAUCACCAACCAGACUUGGUUUGCUCGCCCCUGUUCGCUGGUGAACUGUUCGACCAACAUGCAGCUGUCGGCCCAACUUGUGCUGCCACAUCAGCAGCAGUACUUUGCUCUCGGCUCUGGACAAACCAUCAUGGUGAAAACUUCCCUUCUGAACUCUGGAGACGAUGCUUUCCUACCUCGACUGACGCUGCGUUUCCCCAACAACAUCCACUACAUCAAAGUACUGCAGAACCAGGACAAUGUGGUCAGUUGUGAUGUCACACAGGAAGUCAACAGUACGAUGGUGGGUGUUGACUGCAGCGUCACCAGCCUCCUCCUGCCAGCCCAUGCCCAGUUGAACAUCAGCUUCCUGUUGGACGUCAAUCCUAACAGCACAGCUGGUGACAUCAUGAUUCACCUCAACACCAGCAGCGAUAACUAUGAGAGGGCAGAGUAUCUCCAUGACAACUCAAUGAGUCUCCUGCUUCCUCUAAAAUAUGGAGUCAACGUCAACAUCCACGGUUUUGUGACUCCCACCUCAUUUGUGUUUGGAGAUGAAGACACAACUCCGGUUGACUGUUAUAAUGAAAGAUUCAACUACACAUACAAGGUGUUAAACUCUGGUCCCAGCAGGUCUGUAGACACUGUGGUGGACAUCGCGCUACCAAAGAUCCUCGCACCUUACCGACACAGGCUGAUGCAGGUGGUCGACUGGCAGUCCUCUCACGGUGUGUGUUCGAUCAGUGACACGACUAUUUCAGUCAAUGAGGACUGUGACGUCCCUGAAGCUUCCUUCAUCAAACAGAUUGUUUUCUUCUUCUCCUCCACCUCCACCCGCAGAAUGUUUUGUGCCCGUGGAGAUGAGCUGUGUGAGCGGUUGGUGUGUCGGCUCGGUACCCUGGAGGCGGGAGGAGAUGCCAUAAUCAAACUGGAGAUCAGACUGAACCCAGAUGUUUUACUGCAAGCUCCGGGUCGUCAUGGUGUCAUGAAGUUGGAGAGCACAGCGCUGAUGUCAAACCCCAGAGAAAGCCCUCACACCGUCCUCAUCCACGAACAACCAGCAGCACAGGUGGUUGUUGAGGCUCUUUUUACCCAGAAACCCUCAACAACAGUAAAGGUCUUCAUCAUCGUCGUCAGUUUAGUUUUGGGUCUUUUGAUCCUGGCUGCUUUCAUCUGGUGUUUGUGGAAGGCCGGCUUCUUUAAGAGGGAGUUCCAGAAAAAGGAGGAGGAAGAGUUCAAGAGAGACAGCUGGGACUACGUUCCUAAAAACGACAAAAGAGAGAGCACUUCCUAACCCCCACUGUGACCUCUGACCUCAGGAGGGAGUUCACAUUGUGACUGUGCAACAGAUUCAAUGAGACAUGUGUGCUGAUGAAUGGAGUGCUGUGUGAAAAUAUGGCUAUCCAAUUCAUCCAAAAGCAGUGGAAAGUUGCCGUUGAACACCGUCGGCCAAUGAAAUCUGUCCAGACUGAGUCAGCUGGUUUCAGACGUGACGCCCGUGUCACCGAUGAUAAAAUGUCUCAAGUGAACACCUCCUGAACUUGACCUUUAAAACAAUUUUUAAUAAUGUGCCUUUACAAAUCCAGACAAGAUCAAAGACUUGAAAAGAAGGCAGCAAUGGAUGGAGGAUUAAUAAAAGGGAAGUGAACCUGAAUCAAUCAGAAGGCCUCGGAGCUUCCUGGGAUGCUGCAUCACCUGUGACACUUAUUGAUGACCGCCAUUUUGACUCUCUUAAGUUGAAAAAAACCAAAGGAAGAGACUUUCUGAUGACCUUUGAUCUCAAGGGAUGAAAACCUGGCCUCUGAUUGGCUCAUCACGCCUCGGCCACACUGCCUACCUGAGCAGCCAGUGUGCUUUUGCUUUCACGCCUCAUCAACUAUAGAGAUUUAAGUCUCAUUUUAUUUUCCUGCAUGAGACAAGCUGUUCCUGUCAAAAACAACACAUUUUAUUAUUUGCUCGUCAUGGUAAAGCCAUCCCAUCAGUGUCAAUUUCUAUAUUUGAAGAAUAAGUAUCAGUUAAAAAGUAUUUAUUUAUUACUCAGCCCUUCCUCUUUCUGUUUAUAAUUAAAAGCCCUUCAAGGGUUUCUGUGGAUCAAAUCCCUUCAGGUUUUUAAUGUCACAUUUUUGCGAGACCAUGUUGUGGAAAUUGCAGUGAAUUGCAGGCUCCAUAAACUGGUCACUGAAUACAAACUCAAUGUAGAAAGAAUGGGCUGCAGUUCAGAGAAGUAGCUGUCAGAGACAUGAUGAGGUAGACCGUGCAUCGCUUUCUGUAGAACCUCCUUUUUACUGUGUACAUUAUACUUUUUAUCUCAUGGCCAACACUUUAUGCACUGUCAACACACACACACACACACACACACACACACACACACACACACACACAACACACACACACACACACACACACACACACACACACACACACACCCUUGUCCAAACAAAAUAAGUGAUGGCAGCUGGGAUGUGCUGGUUCACGGCUUUUACGUGUUUUAAAGCGGAAAACCAUCACUUUGUUUUUACCCUUCAGCACGUUUUCACUAUGGGAUUUAUUUUUCUGAGCUAAUACCUCUUAAGGCUCUCAAGGACAUUUAUUGGCAGAAUCACUUUACUUCAGAAUUGUUGUUGUUGGAAUUGCACGAUUAAUGGAUUUGCUAUUGGGGGGAAGAAGAUCUCUGCAACAUUUUUGGAACAACCUCGACUUGUUGUGACCAGCCCGUGCAAGUCACAAAGACCACCAUUUUAUUCAGGCACAUUUAAAUUAUAGAGCGCUUUCUUUAGGAUACUCAAAGAUUAUGUACACGAGAAAUUAAAUCAUAUUUUUUGGGGUGAACUGCUCCUAGAUACAAACUAAACUAUUAUUGUGAAAAUGCAGCAAAAUAUGCAACAUGUUGAGUCGCAGGGUUGAAUGUUGAAAGACUACUUGAAGUAAUGUUUGAUAUUUAAAAAUACUCAAUGAAUGCAGACAUCGAAGCCAGCCGCUACCUUCCUUUAUGUUUAUUUCAUACAAAUGCACAUCACACAUAAAUAUCUUCUUAGUAUUUAAAUGAAUGAGUAUGUUUUUGUUUAUGUGAAGUUGUUCUGCACUGGAGUCUCACUGCUUUUAGCAACACCUUUUUAUUAAAAUUAAGGAUUUUCUAUUUAAACAACAA